CUCUCUAUAUCCAUUUCUUCAUCCCCACUCUCACUUUGCUUCUGUCUGCAUUUCACUUUCUCUCAGCAAUGGCCUACGGCAGGCUCGGAUUGUCCGCGCCACUCCUCAACCAAAAUCAUGAAGCCCUGUCAACAAAAACUCCCAGCCUAAAGUUCCUUUUACUCUUCUCACUCGUCUUCACCGUCGCUUCCGCGCUCCACACCACAGCUUCGGUCGAAUCCGAGCCAGCAUUGCGCAGAAAGCUCACCCAAGCCAUAUCCCGAACGUGCGACCGAACUCGUUACCCGACUCUCUGUGUCAACUCGCUGGUCGACUUCCCCGGCGCAACCUCCGCCGGAGAGCGCGACCUCAUCCACAUCUCCGUCAACGCAACUCUCCGACGCUUCGACAAAGCGCUAUACGUCGUCGUUUCCGAUUUCAGCAAUCUCGCCAUGGACGCUCACGUGAGGUCCGCAUACGAUGACUGUCUCGAGCUCCUCGACGACUCGGUGGACCAACUCACUCGCGCUCUCAACUCAAUCAAUACGAAACGAGCCGGAUCGACUCAGGACGUGCUGACGUGGCUGAGCGCGGCGUUAACGAACCAGGACACGUGUACGGAGGGAUUGGGGAAUGUGAAGGGGUACGUGAAGGAUGGGAUGCAGGAGAGGUUGAGGAACUUGUCGGCGUUGGUGAGUAAUUGUUUGGCUAUUUAUUCGGCGGCGAAGGGGAACAAGGAUUUUGAGGGGAUUCCGAUUCAGAAUCGCCGGCGGAGGUUGAUGGAGGAGAAUGAUGGUUCGCGGCGGCCGAGUGAGUUUCCGAAGUGGCUGAGCAGGAGAGAGAGGAGGUUGUUGGAUAUGCCGGUGCAAGGGAUUAAGGCUGAUAUUGUGGUGUCGCAAGAUGGUAAUGGGACGUGUAAGAAGAUUUCGGAGGCGAUUAAGAUGGUGCCUGAGUAUAGUAAUCGCCGCACAGUAAUCUACGUCAGGGCAGGAAGGUACGAAGAGAAUAAUUUGAAGGUGGGAAGAAAGAAGACGAACUUGAUGUUCAUUGGUGAUGGUAAGGGUAUCACCAUCAUUUCGGGUGGUAAAAGCGUUCUCGAUAACAUGACGACAUUUCACACCGCAUCAUUCGCUGCCACCGGCACUGGAUUCAUUGCCCGAGACAUAACAUUUGAGAAUUGGGCCGGACCCAGCAGGCACCAAGCAGUGGCUCUCCGCGUCGGUGCCGACCACGCCGUGGUGUAUCGGUGCAAUGUCAUCGGCUACCAAGACACCCUGUAUGUACACUCGCAACGCCAAUUCUUUCGUGAAUGUGACAUAUACGGAACAGUUGAUUUCAUAUUCGGAAAUGCAGCAGUAGUUUUCCAAAAUUGCAGUAUAUUCGCCCGAAAACCCUUGUACUUUCAAAAAAACACAAUUACCGCUCAAAAUCGAAAAGACCCUAACCAAAACACCGGCAUUUCAAUCCACGCCUGUCGAAUUCUCGCCACGUCUGAUCUCCAGCCAUCGAAAGCAAACUUUUCAACCUACCUAGGCCGGCCUUGGAAACUGUACUCAAGAACCGUAUACAUGAUGUCAUUCAUUGGUGACCACGUGCACACCCGGGGGUGGCUAGAGUGGAACGCCACAUUUGCACUUGACACCCUCUACUAUGGGGAGUACAUGAAUUACGGCCCAGGAUCGGCUGUCGGCCAACGUGUCAAGUGGCCGGGGUAUCGGGUAAUCAAUUCCACGGUAGAGGCAAGCAAGUUCACGGUUGCCGAAUUUAUUUUUGGGUCGUCGUGGUUACCAUCGACUGGGGUGGCAUUUUUAGGAGGAUUAUCUGUUUGAAAUUACUAAUUAUUAAGUGUUAUUAUAUAGGUGAAUCUUACAGGGAUACUCCAAACUAUUGGAUAGUUAGAUUGAAAAGUAUGUUUUGUUUGUAUGAUAUUUAUAAUAUAAUCUCUCUGUUCUAUUUAAGUACAGAAAAUGAAUAUUAAUAAUGUUUGUUGGUGUAUUAA